GGAUCAAUUCAUAACUCAAUUCCAAUCAUGUCUUUCUCCGACUUCUCCAAAGUUGAAACUAUCAAGUCAUUGAACGAAUUCUUAGCUGACAAGUCUUACAUUGAUGGUACUUCUGCUACUCAAGCUGAUGUAACCGUUUACAAGGCUUUCCAAAAGGAAUUCCCACAAUUUGCUAGAUGGUUCAACCACAUUGCUUCUUUCACCGAAGAAUUCGAUGACUUACCAGCUGGUACUGCUCCAGCCGCUGCUGCUGCCGCUGAAGAAGAUGACGAUGACGUCGAUUUAUUCGGUUCCGAUGAUGAUGAAGUUGAUGAAGAAGCUGAAAAGUUAAAGCAACAAAGAUUAGCUGAAUACGCUGCCAAGAAGGCUGCUAAGGGUCCAAAGCCUGCUGCUAAGUCCAUUGUCACCUUGGAUGUCAAGCCAUGGGAUGAUGAAACUGACUUGAAUGAAUUGUUAGAAAACGUUAAGAACGUCCAAAUGGAAGGUUUAACUUGGGGUGCUCACCAAUGGAUCCCAGUUGGUUUCGGUAUCAAGAAGUUACAAAUUAACUUGGUUGUCGAAGAUGCUUUGGUUUCCUUAGACGAAUUACAACAAGCCAUUGAAGAAGAUGAAGACCACGUUCAAUCCACUGAUAUUGCUGCUAUGCAAAAAUUAUAAUUCUAUUGGAUAGAUUUUGUAAUGAGCAUUUAUAAGUUGUUCAAUAACAUGUGUUUUAUAGUUUAUCCAUGAGUUUAUAUAGGAUAUGUAAUGAAUUCACAGAAAUAUAUCUGAGU